CGCCUUCUCUUGGCUGAGUGGCACCGCGGCGCGGUGGCUGCCGGAAGCGAUUCCGCAGAGGUUGACGGGAUCGUGCUGAUGUGGCCCCCCCUUCCCCCGCCCCGUCCCGGGAUGUCGGAAGAAACCCGACAGAGCAAAUUGGCUGCGGCCAAGAAAAAGUUAAGGGAGUAUCAGCAGAAGAACAGCCCGGGUGUUCCUGCAGGAGCUAAGAAAAAAAGAAAGAUCAAGAAUGGCAGUAGCCCUGAGACAACCACUUCUGGUGAUUGUCCGUCACCUGAGGAUAUUCAGGACAUUCUGGAGGUGCUGGUGUCCGACCUUAACCGCUCCAAUGGGGUAGCGAUCCCCCCAUUGGACAAGUGGAAGGCGCCCAAAGACCGCGCCGCUCCUGUUACACCGUCUGCUGAUGACACCGUGUCGCCUGGCGGUGUCCCUUCCCCCAGUGCUAGUCCCCCCCGUGUCACUAGCAUGGCAUCAACUCAGAACCAUGAUGCCGACAACAGUUCUGGUCCCAUUGACGAAAGCACAUCCUUUUCAUCCACCGAGAGCCUGCGACAGCUGUCUCAGCAGCUCAACGGUCUUGUGUCCGAGUCUUCAUCUUACAUCAAUGGGGAGGGCCUAGCAUCUCCUGCUAAUAUAAAGAAUCUGGAGAGCCGGUACCAAGAACUAUCAGUAGCCCUGGACUCCAGCAAUCUAACAAACAAACAACUCAGUAGCAAGAUAGAGGAAUUGAAACAAGAGAACCAGGAAACUUUGGAUCAGCUGGAAAAAGAAAAGAAGGAAUUUGAGCAGAAGCUCGCAAAGGAACAAGGGGCUCUGAGAGAACAGCUCCAGGUCCACAUUCAGACUAUUGGAAUUUUGGUGUCAGAGAAGACGGAGUUACAGACAGCUCUGGCUCACACCCAGCAGGCAGCCAGGCAGAAAGCAGGGGAGUCAGAGGAUCUUGCUAACCGCCUGCAGUCUUCCAGGCAGCGCAUAGGAGAGCUGGAGCGGACGCUGUCUGCCGUCUCCACGCAGCAGAAGCAGGCCGACAGGUACAACAAAGAAUUAACCAGAGAGCGAGAUGCCCUCAAGCUGGAAUUAUACAAGAACAAUAAGAACAACGAGGACCUGAAGCAGCACAACUCAGAGCUGGAGGAGAAGCUGCGGCUCCUGGUGAUAGAGAAGUCAGCCAUGCAGCUGGGCAUGGAGGAGCUACAGAAGAAGCUGGAGAUGUCGGAGCUGCUGUUGCAGCAGUUUUCUAGUCAACCUGCCCCUGAUAGCAGCCAGCAGUUACAGCAGGCCCUGGAGGAGAGGGCACAGCUGGAGACCCACGUGGAGCAGCUGAAGGAUUCGCUGAAGCAGCUGCAGGCAGAGAGAGACCAGUAUGUGACAAAUCUGAAGGAGGAGAAUGCCAUAUGGCAGCAGAAGAUGCAGCAGGUGUUGGGACAGAUGAGCAAGUUGAAGGAAGAAAAGGAGCACAGCGUGUGUCAGGCUCAGGAGCUGGAGACCAGCUUGGCCGAACUGAGGAACCAGAUUGCUGCGCCCCCGCCCCAGGAGCCCCCGGCAGGGCCCUCGGAGGCAGAACAGCGGCUUCAGGCGGAGACUGAGCGGCUCCAGAAGGAACUAGAGAGCCUGGCUGGGCAGCUGCAGGCGCAGGUGAAGGAUAACGAAAGUCUGAGUCACCUGAAUCAGGAGCAGGAGCAGCGGCUGCUGGAGCUGGAGCGGGAGGCCGAGUGCUGGGGGGAGCAGGCGGAGGAGCGCAAGCAGAUUCUGGAGAGCAUGCAGAGCGACCGCACCACCAUCAGCCGUGCGCUCUCCCAGAACCGCGAGCUCAAGGAGCAGCUGGCCGAGCUGCAGAACGGAUUCGUCAGGCUGUCCAAUGAGAACAUGGAGGUUACCAGUGCACUACAGUCUGAGCAGCACGUCAAGAAGGAGCUGGCCAAGAAGCUGGGCCAGCUGCAGGAGAAGCUGGGGGAGCUGAAGGAGACGGUGGAGGUAAAGGGCCAGGAGGUUCAAGAUCUGCAGCAGCAGCGGGACGAGUACCUGAACCACCUGCAGUAUUAUGUGGCCGCCUACCAGCUGCACAUGGCUGCCUGCCAGCAGCUGGCCUCGGAUAAGGAGACGCUGCACAAGCAGGUGCUGCUGCAGACCCAGCUCAUGGACCGGCUGCAGCACGAGGAAGUCCAAGGCAAGGUGGCGAUGGAGGUGGCCCGCCAGGAGUUACAGGAGACCCAGGAGCGCCUGGAAGCUGCCAACCAGCAGAACCAGCAGCUUCAGGCCCAGCUGACCCUCAUGGCUGUGCCUGGGGAAGGAGAUGGACUGGAGAGCGAGGAACAGGAUGAGGAGGCUCCGAGGCCUAAGCUGAGCGUGCCGGAGGAGCUGGAGAGCCGAGAGGCCCUGGUGGAAUUUUUCCACUCGGCCUUGGCCAGUGCUGAGGAUGAGCAGGCCCGGCUACGCAGGCAGCUGAAGGAGCAGAAGCUACGCUGCCAGCGCCUCUGUCACCUGGCGGCCACAGCCCAGGAUGGGGUGGAAAAAGAGGCCCCCGCCCCCAGGACUGGGGGAGACAGUGUGCCCGCGGAGGCCCACCAGGCCCUCCAGGUGGCCAUGGACAAGCUGCAGGGCCGCUUUACGGAGCUCAUGCAGGAGAAAGUGGAUCUGAAGGAACGGGUGGAGGAGCUGGAGCAUCGCUGUAUCCAGCUGUCUGGAGAGACGGACACUAUAGGAGAGUAUAUCGCCCUCUAUCAGAGUCAGAGGGCGGUGCUGAAGGCCCGGCAUCAGGAGAAGGAGGAGUACAUUAGCCGGCUGGCUCAGGACAAGGAGGAGAUGAAGGUGAAGCUGUUGGAGCUCCAGGAACUGGUUUUAUGCCUGGUGAGUGAACGAAAUGAAUGGUAUGGCAAAUUCCUGGCUGCCCAGAACCCUGCUGGUGAGACCACUACAGCGCCCCACACCUGCCAGGAGCCCGGCACUGCUGACAAUGAGGGUGGUCUCCAAGAGGUGAGCCUCGCCGACAAUGUGGAGCCCCAGCAGGGGACCCUGCCGGGCCAGACCACCCCUGAGAACCCCACUGCGCAACAGAUCAUGCAGCUGCUGCGUGAGAUCCAAAACCCCCAGGAGCACCCAGGCUUGGGCAGCAACCCUUGCAUCCCCUUCUUCUACCGAGCUGAUGACAAUGACGAAGUGAAGAUCAUGGUGAUCUAGUGGCCUGACACCGGCAGGCAGAGACUACAGACGUGGGGCCUGGGGGCUUUGCCCCCACCUGUCCCUGCCUCCCCGUCCCUCCUUCCUGGCCCCCCCUCAUCCCUAGAAUAGCACGCUGAAACCCUUGAAGAAAGGGGUAUAAGCCCCCCAUCCAAUGAGGGGAGACAAACAGGUGCAGACCCCUUGCCAUCUUGGCCAGGGCUGUGUCUUGAUAUCUGGACUGUUACUAGUUCCAGAGAAACAAAGAGCCAGAGGCUCAGUUAGAGGCAGUUUAUUUAAGAGGCGGGCCUUCCUGGGGAGCAGGGGCUCCCUGGUGGCCUCCUUACCCCUACCAAGCAGUCCUUUCAGAGGGGCUCAUCCAUCCUCUAUUCAGAGGCACUUUGGGGCCAAGUGCCCCCUCCUUGCCCAGCUUGACAACUGGGCAGCACUCUCACAGGCCUUGGGACAGUUGGGCAAAUUGAGGCUAGGCAAGGACAUAAGCUGGUGGCGGAGUGGGCUCCCUCCCCAGUGUUUAUACUGUAACUGUGUAACAUUUUGUAUAUUCUGGAGGUAGGGCAGCACCCCGGUAUCUCAGCAGAGGUUGGAGCUGGUGAAUGGGGAGGAACUUCUAUUAAAUAUUUGGGGCUGGGGAAACUUAUUUAUUAAUAGUAUAGGGUAGAGAGAGAAGGUGGAGGGCGGGGACGGGUUUGUGCCCGGGUGAUUCGACUCCUGUUUCGUUUCACUUUUUAUUUCUGAAUAAAUGAAUUUAGCCAUA